AUAUAUCCCCUCUUAUUCUCAGUUGCCAUAUUGCAUCUCCCCUUUUCUCAACUCCACAACACACACACACACACACACACAAUGGCGACGCUUAGUGAAUCUUACAAUAACUUGGUGAUCGAUGAGGUUUACGAGUUUUCGGCGCCUCGGUUUUUCGAUUUUAUCCAAGGAGAGACCAAAGAAGAGAUGCAUCGAGCGGAGAUCUGGUUCGAAACUUCUCUUAGUCACGCUCCAUCUCCUUUUAUGCCAAAAAUUAAGACCAGCAGAACUGCUGUUCUGCUUGAAAGCCUUUGUGACUUCAGUGAGGCUGACCAACCGCACAAGGUACCAGAAUCAUUAAAACCCCCACCCAUUUCUGGAUCAGAGACUGUGGCAGUUCCUACUUUGGAUGUAGAGCAAACAAUACCCCAACCUGAUGGCAACCCCGUGCAAGUCAUAGAGGAAGUUGAUUCAAAUGGAAGUAAAGAAACACAAACUGGAUCUCUUCUUAAGCCGGCUAGUAGUGCCAUAGAGAUCACUUCUAAAGAUAAGGAAACUCUAUGCACGCAAGGAAAUGAAAGUGCUAUAGCAAAAGCCCCUUCUCCAUCUGUGAAAGUUGCAGAAGAAGCUCAUACAUUAAGUUCCAAAGUAGGACCUGAAGCUUGUACGCCUAAACCACAAAUUUCUCAAAAGUGUAAGCAACCACAGACUGAUUCCAAGAAACAAAUGACAGCAAGAAAGAUUGCCAGUAUGGUGAGGAAUCCAUCGUUACUGAAGGCAAAAACUCAACCCAAGAUAUCAUCACAAGCUAAAAGCAACAAACCUGAAAGUGCGAGAAGGAACAACAAUUUUAUGAACAAACUUUGCACUCCAAAUUUUGCUCAAGAAAACCAACCCAUAAAGAGGCAAAAACUGGAUGCAGAAAGAUCUAGACAGAUUCUUAAUAUCAAACCUCAAACCUUAAUGCACAAGACAAGAUCUGGUCUAGUCAGCAGCAGUUCCAGCUUAUGCACAUCAACUAAUAAAACUCGUAAAGAGGACAGAAAGAUUUAUGCGCGGGAGCCAGCAGCCCCUUUUGUUUCAAUGGCAGAAAUGAUGAACAAGUUCCAGUCGAACACCAGGGAUAUGUCACUAUCUCGUCCCAGCAGUUCCCUUGCCUGCGAUGCUGCUGGUCCUAGGAAGCCUAAACUCACAUUGACAAGGCCAAAGGAACCUGAAUUUGAGACAUCUCAGAGAGUUCGCUCAGUUAAGAUUAAGAGUUCUGCCGAACUUGAGGAAGAAUUGAUGGCAAAAAUACCAAAAUUCAAGGCUCGUCCAAUCAAUAAAAAGAUUCUUGAAACUCCUACCUUGCCAGCGCUGCCCAGAAGUAAUCCACAGCUUCCAAAGUUUCAAGAGUUUCACCUGGAAACGAUGACCAGGGCUAAUAAUAAGGCUGAAACCUCAACUGUAGCUUCAACAGAAUCUGCACCUCAGAAUGCACAAUCGAAACCUCAUCAUCUGACAGAGCCCAAACCACCCACUCUUCAAACAUCAUUGAGAGCACGUCCACCCAGAAUUAAAAGUUCAGAAGAACUAGAGAAAGAAGAGCUUGAGAAAAUUCCAAGGUUUAAAGCCAGACCUCUGAAUAAGAAGAUUUUUGAAAGUAAAGGGGAACUGGGGGUGUUCUGCAACACCAAAAGACAAGUCACCAUUCCUCAAGAAUUUCACUUUGCAAUAGAUGAAAGGAUUCCGCCACCAACAGCUGUUGCUGAUUUGUUUGACAAGCUUUCACUAAAUACAGAAACUCGCCAUGACAAACAACUUCCAAGAAACACUGCACCAAACCCGUUCCAUCUGCACACAGAGGAAAGAGGAGCCAAGAAAGAAAAUAAACUUGUGAUGGAGCUACUGCAGAAGCAGUUGGAAGAGGAGAAGUCUAGAGUUCCGAAGGCUAAUCCAUAUCCUUAUACUACUGACUAUCCUGUACUUCCACCAAAACCAGAGCCAAAACCGUGCACAAAACCAGAACCUUUCCAGCUGGAGAGUUUGGUGAGGCAUGAAGAGGAAUUACAGCGUGAAAUGGAAGAAAGGCAGAGGAUGGAGAGGGAAGAAGCAAGAAUGAGACUGUUUAAAGCACAGCCAGUCAUGAAAGAGGACCCUAUUCCAGUUCCUGAGAAAGUGCGUAAGCCACUCACUGAAGUUCAGGAAUUUGAUCUACAUGUAGAACACCGAGCUGUUGAAAGAGCGGAAUUCGAUAAAAAGGUCAAGGAGAAAGAAGUAAUAUAUAAGAGAUACAGAGAAGAAGCUGAAUCUGAAAAGCUGAUGGAAGAAGAGAAAGCAUUGAAACAGCUGAGGAGAACACUGGUACCCCAUGCAAGACCAGUCCCGAAUUUCGCCAAUCCAUUCUUACCACAAAAGUCAUGUAAAGUGACAAAGGCAAAGUCACCAAAACUGAAAAUUCGGGAGAGGAAGGAAAGGCAGCAUAACAAGAUGCUAGCUACUGCAACUUCUAGUGCAGCGUCCAAUAUGAGGUGAUUGGGCAGAACCCUGAGGAGCUGAUGAUCUUUAGGGCCAAGUUUCUUAGAACAUGUACAGUCUCUGUACUAUCUUUGCACACAAACUAUAUAUGCUAGUUAUAGCUCCUUGUUGACAGAAGUCUAAAGGUCAAUUUAUUUGUUUGUAGAACAUCAAACUGUAUGUCAGUAACAAUUGAUUAAUUAUUUUUGUGUUAACAAAAUCAAGUGGGGAAAUGUACCAAUUAGCUAUUA